AUGACAGUAGACCACAACGAUAUAACUAAAGUCUCUAAAAUCAUUCUGGGUGGGGCAACUUUAAACACCCAAUACAAUGAUAACCCUGAAGAAGUUCCAAUUGUUGACAUGCUGAAACAUGCAUUUACCAAUGGUAUUAAUGCAAUUGACACUUCACCUUAUUAUGGGCCAAGUGAAAUAAUUUUUGGUCAGGCUCUCCACAAGUUGAAAUCUCCAGAUGAAGAUGGCCUAUCCUUUACAAGAGAUCAAUAUUACAUUUGCACUAAAGUUGGUCGGAUAAAGCUCGAGGAAUUUGAUUACUCACCUAAAGCUGUGAGAGCAUCCGUUUUGAGAUCAUGUGAACGACUAGAUACAGACUACUUAGAUCUUGUCUAUCUACAUGAUGUUGAAUUUGUAGAAUUUACCAAAAGCAUGGAAGCUUUGAAAGAGUUGAGAAAGUUGAAAGAGGAAGGUGUUAUCAGACAUUUUGGGCUAUCUGGAUAUCCUGUCAAGUAUCUAGCAUUUUUGUGCAACGAAUGCGCAAAACACCCAGAAAUAGGGCCACUUGAUGCUGUUCUAUCAUACUGUAAUUAUAAUAUCCAGAACACUACACUUGAAAAAUACAUCAAUUCUAUAAGAAAGGACGCAAAAGUCAAAUUGCUUUCUAAUGCUUCUAUUCUUGGGAUGUCAUUGCUAAGAUCACAAGGUAUACAUUCGUUCCACCCAGCUUCGGAUGAACUAAAGGCAAAGUGUAGACAAGCUGCAGAAUACACUCAUAAACAUGGGGUUGAAAUCCAGGACCUAGCCAAUAGAUAUGCCAUGUUUAAUUGGCAUAAAUAUGGCCCAACAGUUAUCGGUGUGAGUAACGUUGCUGAGCUUCAGGAUGCAAUUAUUGACUAUCAGAUCACCGAAAAGGACAAACUGCCUGAGAAUGAUAUCAAAUUAGUUAAGCAUAUCCAAGAGGAAAUUCUUGGCACAGAACAUUACAACGAAACCUGGGAUUCAGGUAUUCCACAUCCAGAAUUGCCUUGA